GCCUCUCUCUGCGUGAAUUUCUCACUCUCCGGCACUUGCCUGAAAAUUCGGCCUGUAAUUUUCACGGGAAUUAUCGCGGGAAAAUUUGCCGGGACUUUCCAAUCAAGAUUGAAGAAUGGCUGAUAAUGAGAAGGAGGGCGAGGAAACUCCUGGGCGUGGAAAUGAUUGGGAAGUAGUUUCACUCACUGCAUCAACAUAUGCUGCAGCACCUGGCCCAAAAAGCUUCGAAGGAUCUGAGGACGAUAAAGAUAGGGAGCUUAGCAAGGAUAAUAAAGAGGAAUGCUCACCUGCAUUGUUCAUGUCGGACCAUUUUGUAUUCCCACCAAGCGAGCACGAGAAUUUGCCAAUUGAGGUUGAUAGCCCAGAGAUCAUUGAAAAUCCCUCAAAUCUCUCUGAAAGUGUUGAUGGGUCUAAGCCUGAUUCUCAAAUUUAUGAAAUUCGCAAUGAGGCUGAGGUUGAUGUGGCUGAAGAUGACAGACUCGAGAGAAUUUUGGAGCAUAAGAAGACAGCUGAAGAGGAAACACUCCAUGGCAUUGUGUUUUUUGAUGAUAAGGGUAAGAAGCUCUAUGACUAUGGUAAGGAUGUGAAAGGAGGCAAGGGUUUGCAGGGGCUGGAUUGGAUGGAACCAAUCAAGCACCCAGAAGUGGAGGAAAUGCAAGAUAUCUAUAGAGUGACUAAGCUGGGUUCUUUUCAUGAUGAAGCAGAUGUCGGUGGGUCGACCAUAUGUGACAAGGGUUCCAUUAUUGCAGAGGAGCUUAAAGGGGCAGAGGAGACAGAUGAUCCUUCUUCACCAUCAAAUUUGGGAUCUCUUUCUGAGUCUUUAAGAUCUGCAAAGCCAUUAAAAGAGAAGAAAAGUGAUGGGUCUGGUCUUCCUUGUGAAGCUUGGUGGAAGAGGCAUGCAGCUUCUCUCUAUGCUCAGGCUAAGGAAGCAAACACCUUUUGGUCAAUCUUUGUAGCUGCUGCUGUGAUGGGACUUGUCAUUUUGGGGCAGCGCUGGCAACAGGAAAGGUGGAAGGUACAACAACUUAAGUUCGGUAUCAACGAUGAGAAAAUCAAUCGGAUCUUUGGACCUAUGUCACGGUUCAAAGAUGUACUCGUGGGUCAGCAACGUGGUCCAUCCAUCAGGAACGUGCCCAUUCGUGAACAAUAAGACGACGAUGAAUGAUGAUGAUGACGACAAAAAGAAUCCCCAGCCAAAAUUGGAGGCUCAUCCCUCUGGAAAGAAUGAUUUCAGGUUUGAUAUCAUUGUACCUUCUUGUCUGUGAGCUUCUUAUAUUUGUAUUGGCAAGUUCAUGCUCCGUAUUGACGCAAUCCCUAAAACUUUUCCUUAACAUCACCUGUUAAUGACUUUGUUUCGAUCGAUGACUGUAUGUGCAUGUGUAUAUAUGUACUUGAUUUCAUGUGCUUAUAUUUAUUUACAUUGAUUGUGCUAAAUCCUAAAACUACCCAGAAUUGGGUUGGGAUGCUGAAUUAUUAAAGUAUAACAUUUUAAUUCGAGCCCAAGCGUAAAACCA